AUGCUUACUAGAGCGGCGUACUUUGGAAAUCAGCAAGAGUUGAAGGAAUUGCUUUCGUCUGUACCCCGGGCCGAUGUUGUACGCCUCAGCAACGAAGGCCGGUUCAACUUAAUGAACCUUUGUGCACAACAAGACUGGGCUAGUAUGCUUGAGCACCUUCGUGUCAAUUUUGGACUAGAAAGCCAGGAGCAAGACACCAGAGGACGGACGGUCCUGCACUGGGCGGCGUUCUCAGGCUGGAGCUACGCUGAGUCGAACCUUUCCAGAGUUCAACGGGGUUUAAUCAACGUUCAAGAUUUUGACGGCAGUACUCCCUUGCAUCUAGCAGCUGACCAUCGAAACUUACCGGCUGUUGAAUUCUUACUCAAGGAGGGAGCCAACCUACUCAUCCGCGACAAAUAUGGGCGGACUCCAGUGCACAUUGCUGCCAGCUCGGGUGCAAAAGCAAUCCUAGAGCUGAUGCUACUCAGUCCAAUCCGCGAGUUUGGAAGAGACAAGCAAGGGCUCUCACUUCUUCAUUAUAUUGCAACUUGGGAAUGGCCUCCAGUUUUAGCCAAAUUCAUCACGCAGAAACGGCCUAUUAUCGACGUCCGGGACAAAGAUCGACGGACACCUCUACACUAUGCAGCAAUUUACGGAAACACGGUGGUCGGCAGGGCGCUGAUGGACGCGGGUGCCAAUAUUGAACUGAGAGAUUGCAUUGGCUUCACUCCGGUGUUUCAUGCAAUCCGACAGGGCCAUGUUGCAUUCGCAUCGCUGUUGCACUCCCGGUGCGCAGACCUAUACAGACGUGAUUUCUUCAACAGGGACACGGCAGAUAUAAUUGGUUUGGAUUCCAGCCCAGAGAUGAUUGAGCUUCUCCGGAAAUUGAAAGCGCCCUUCCCAACACAGAGGAGGAGACCAUACUCUCCCCCAAGAGGGAGUGAACCUCCUCCAAAAUCGACUGCUCCUGGGACGAUUUGGGCCAUAUCCCAUCCCCGGCGAGAUGAGGAAGUAAAAGAGCCUUUGUGCCCUUCCUGCCAGGAAAACGAUCGUCAGAUCAACAAAAGGUCAAGUAAGAAUCUCCAGCUUACUGUGCUGGCGCGCCAUCUAGACUGUAUCGGAUCAUAUUUCCUGGCGUAUACGGAUGAGCCUUUCCAACUUCACCAGGGAAGGUCGGCGUUUCACGUUGCGGCCUACCUUGGCGACAUCUCGAUUAUGCGAGAGCUUUGCGCUUUUGAUACUUCUGGCUAUUUCGAUGCGAACACCGCGGAAGGGACACCCGCUCUGAUAGCGGCCUCGUCUGGACAUUUUGACAUUGCACAUGAACUGAUUCUGCGUGGAGCAGAUCCCCUCCAAGUGACAGGAAAUGGCUUCAACAUGCUCCACCUCGCAGCACAGGGAGGCCAUCUUCCACUAGUUGAGACACUCAUCUCUAAAGGGCUCAGUGUGGACACAAAAGCCAAAAACGAAGACGGUCUUGUUGCAUUGCAUAUGGCCGUUGACCAAAAGCAAAAGGAGGUGGUGAAGUUCCUGCUUAGAUUUUACAAACCCCGAUAUCGAUUGGACCCUGAUCAAAGCGUUGCACUCUUCUUACUUGGAAGUGGACAUUUCCACAUUGAUCCUGAACAGAAGUUAAUCAAGGUCAACAAGUAUGAACACCUGGAGGAUAUGCCAAGGUUCUUCUGGUCAGAAGGAGAGAUUGCGAGUGAUUUAGCACGUUCAUUUUCAUUGCUAUCCAAUGGAGGCUCGCCAUAUCCUAUCUUGGCUUAUGUCAUUCAGCGUCGCCGCCGUCUUUUCCAGUUCGACAAGUCGGACCUUCUCUCAUUUCUGUUGAAAAUGAGCAGUGGCCGGUGUGACAGUAUGGUAAUUCACUGCGUGUCUGCUGGUCUUAUGCCCCAUGACACGACCAGCUUGCUUCAAGUGCCGAUGGAGGACCACACGCUCUGGCAUCUUGUCAAUCACGGUGUCAAUCCUCUCAUCGUGUUCUCGGAUGGUUCCAACAUACUACAUCAUAUGUUGCGCCUCAAGUAUCUUUGGACGACAUCAAAGGGCUCUAUGAAUAAGUCAAUCGAAACGCUAGUGUCUCUGGGUGUAGACAUCAACGCUCAAAACUCGGAGGGAGAAACACCGUUACUAGUACUUCUAUCAACCCCAAUGGUAGACAGUGAGCAAUUCUUUAGUACUGUGGAGGGCGUAAUAAAGAAUGGAGCAGAUCCACGGAUUCCAAGAAAGGAUGGCAUCACGGCUUUGGACUUGGCGAGGAAAGGCUUUCCAUGGUCAUAUCCCGUUUACAGACUGAUUCAAAACGCACACAAGGCCUUAGAUUUAAAGUAA